AUGUCGCUCCCACCGGACGACAAACCAGUCGCACUGGAUGCCGUUCUUGCGGACUUGCAAUCCAAUGUUCUACCAAUGUUCGAUGAAAAUCCUCCGAUCAGAGCACAUGCUCUAUACCCAGGAACUCAGUCCAAAACGGACAUUAUUGUCAGUGCUCUAUGCGAUACACUCGCAUCGCAAGGCAAUAUUACGGAUCGAUGUCAAGCGAUGAAUCGAUUCGAGGUCGUUGUAACAAACUGGAUCGGUAAAGCAAUCGGACUACCAAAGCAGUUCUUAUUCGAAAAGAACAGNAUCAACGGAUUUCUUAAAGAUUUUCCUGGAAAUGAGCAAACAGUAAUAAUGAUUUUGAAGAACACAACAACGCAAUCAAUGUUCACAGCACUUGUGGCCGCCUGUCAACGUAAAUAUCGUGAACUAACAACGGUUAAUAAGGAAAUAAAGAAAGACGACGAUGCUAAGCAAGCAGGACUGAUCAAUAAGACGGUAGCGUACGGGUCUCAAGAGUCACAUUUCUCGUUCGAUAUCGGCUGUCGUCUGGCAAAAAUAGAAUGCAAAUUGAUUCCUCUGGCGGCAGAUGGCACAAUGGAUGUGGCAGAGUUGGAACGCGAGAUUGAGAAAGACAUCAGUAAUGGCAAAAGACCGACCUUUAUCAAUGUAACACUCGGUUCAAGCCAAGCUUACACUUUUGAUAAACUCAAUGAAAUAGUCAAAAUAGCUAAAAAAUACAACAUGUGGGUACAUGCGGACGCUUCUUAUGCGGGUAAUUAUUUCGUUUGUGAAGAAUACAGACCUCGUUUAGAUGGUAUUGAAGGCGCACAUUCGAUUAAUGUCAAUCUACAUCAAUGUCUAACACAAUGCGUUACUGAAUCGAUACUUUGGACAGCUGAUCGCGAAGCAAUUAGGCGAUCGCAGCCUUUAGUUGCCAAUAUGCUCAGAGCCCUGCACGCUGAUGGUUCAUGUCGUGAGCUGUCGACGGCAUCCACAAAUCGCUAUAAGCCGUUAAAAACGUAUAUCUGGUUGAAACUGAAUGGAAUUGAAGGACUCCAAGAAUACAUAAGAUCGGUAAUAUUGCCUUUUUAA